UAACUUCGUAAGUUGUAACCUCACUGCAAUAACAGAAAAUAAAAAAUUCAGUUGACCCUGUAUCUUUGCCGCUACAUCCAACUAAAAUCGAUAAUGACAUCACCGGCGAUACUCGCUGCCGGCACCACAACCGCUGUCAAUUCACCGCCGUCCACAAUCUCCAACAGUCUAAUCACCCGCUCUUUACAUCCUUAUUCUCGUAAUCACUAUCUCACAAACCCUAACCCUAACUUCAACCGAUCAAAUCAUCUCCAAUCACUCAAAUCAGCUACGGCAGAUUCCAAGGCGGCGAUCGCCGACACUCCGAUACCAUCUCCGUCCCCGGAUUCAUCAGAAAAUAAAGGUUCCGAAAAAAUCGGAGCUAGAGUUAGAGUUAGGGUUCCAUUAAAGGUGUAUCAUGUACCUAAAGUACCUGAAUUUGAAUUGAAAGGAAAAGAAGGGAAAAUAAAGGAUUAUGUAUCUGUUUUUAAAGGAAAACAUAUUUCAGCUAAUUUGCCUUAUAAAAUUGAGUUUUUUGAAAUACUUGAAGGCCGUGGUGAAAAACCGGUUAAGUUUUUCGUGCAUUUAAAAGAUGACGAAUUCGAGUAUAUUGAUUAAUUUGGAUUUGGACAAGGGCAUUUGGAAAGUAUUUGGAGGAACUUGAUUAGUAAUAAGAAAAAUUCAUUGCAUCAGUUGGUUGGAGUUGGACCACUAUCUGAACGAGACGUUAGGCGAGCUUGGCAUACCGCGAGGUGGUCAGGUGUGGGUCGGUUUUUGUAUAUUGAUUGAUUCAUGGUUUUAAUAUUUGUUAUUGACAUAGUUUUAUGUUUCAUGAGUGUUGGUGGCUAUCUUAGUGCUGUAAAAUGAUCUACAUUUCGUAUGUGAUAGAUGCAUAUGCUAGUUAAAAAAAUAACGAUUUCGUAAAGUUUUCAUUUUUAUACGCUGAUAUAUCGAUGAUUGUAACGCUUUUGUUUUUGAUAAGUAAUAUAUAUUAAACUUUCAUUCCAAA